UUGACCUUUCCUCUAGUGUGUGAUGAAAGGCAACAAUAUGAGGAAGUAGAGGCAAUUGACUGUGAUCACCAAACUAAAACAACCUCUGUUUUGAAAACUUGUUUCAAUGGACUCAAUGCCCUAUCUGGAGUUGGGAUGCUAUCAGUUCCUUAUGCACUCUCAUCAGGAGGGUGGCUAAGCUUGAUACUUCUUUUUGUAAUUGCUGUUGCUGCCUUUUACUCAGGCUUGUUAAUUCAAAGAUGCAUGGAUAUAGAUUCUACUAUAAGAACUUAUCCUGACAUUGGUGAACAUGCAUUUGGGAAAAAGGGAAAAAUAGUUCUGUCAAUUUUCAUGAACACAGAACUCUACUUAGUUGCGACAUCUUUCCUAAUUCUGGAAGGAGAUAACCUACACAACUUAUUUCCAAAAAUGAAAUUGGAAGUGGCUGGAUUAACAAUUAGUGGGAAGAAGUGCUUUACAAUACUUGGUGGACUUAUUGUUCUGCCAACUGUGUGGUUUGAUAGCCUCAGCCUUCUUUCUUAUGUCUCUGCAAGUGGGGUUUUUUCAUCUGUUAUCAUUAUUGGUUCAAUUUUGUGGACUGCUGUUUUUGAUGGAAUUGGAUUUCACCAAGAGGGAUCGGUACCGCUUAAUUGGAGUGGAAUCCCUACUGCUGUUAGCUUAUAUGCCUUCUGCUAUUGUGCGCAUCCAGUGUUCCCGACGCUCUACAAAUCAAUGAAAAACAAACGUCAGUUCCCGAAUGUCCUCCUCGUGUGCUUUAUUUUAUGCACCCUUGGUUAUGCAUCAAUGGCAGUUUUAGGGUACUUAAUGUUCGGGUCAACAGUCGAAUCACAGAUAACUUUAAACCUCCCAACUGAAGAACUUAGCUCAAAAAUCGCAAUAUGGACCACCCUUAUCAAUCCAGUAUCCAAAUAUGCUUUAAUGGUUACACCAAUCCUAAAUACUGCCCAAAAUUGGUUUCCAAGUUGCUGCAAAAAAAGUCGAAGCUUCCGCCUAUUUCUCAGCACUUCCUUGGUAACCAGCAGUGUUAUAGUAGCUUUGGCUAUACCUUUUUUUGCUUAUCUCAUGUCUCUGGUUGGUGCAUUUUUUAGUGUCACAGCUUCACUUAUAAUACCAUGCCUUUGCUACCUUAAAAUUUCAGGUACUUAUCGAAAUCUCGGAUGCGAAAUGUUGAUUAUAGGGUGUAUAAUUUUGAUGGGAGUUGUAGUUGCCAUAGUUGGUACUUACACAUCUCUACAACAAAUAAUAGAGCAUUUGUAA